AUGGAGGGUCAAAACGAAAACGACGAGCUCUAUCCUAUCGCCGUGCUCAUUGAUGAGCUGAAGCACGAUGAUGUUCUCCUCAGACUCAAUGCCAUUCACCGUCUUUCGACUAUCGCACUAGCGUUGGGACCUGAGAGAACCCGAGAGGAGCUUAUCCCAUUCCUUGAUGACUCCGUUGAAGACGAGGAUGAGGUCUUAACUGCCCUCAGUGAGGAGCUGGGCAACUUCACAGAGUACGUCGGAGGACCGGAACAUGCGCAUGUGCUCCUGUCUCCGCUGGAGAAUCUGGCGGCAAUUGAGGAGCCCUUGGUUCGGGAGAAGGCCGUUGAGUCCCUCAACAAAGUUUGCGAGCAGUUGAACGAGAACCAAGUCGAAGAGCACUUUGUUCCCCUGGUCCUCCACCUCUCCAAAGCCGACUGGUUCACUUCCAAGGUCUCCGCCACGGGCCUCUACUCUACACCAUACAAAAAGGCCACGCCGACUAUGCAACAGAGCCUCCGUCAGCAGUUCGGAGCUUUGGUACACGAUGAAACCCCCAUGGUCCGCCGCCAAGCCGCCAACAACCUGGCUAAGUUUGUCAAAGAGAUGGAUACGCCAGUGAUUAUUGACGAAAUGAUACCCCUUUUCCAAUACCUCGCAAGCGACGACCAGGACAGUGUGCGCCUGUUGACAGUGGACAUUCUUAUCUCGAUCGCGGAGGAAAUUCCCAAGGAGCAGCAACCUAGCCACGGUGUGUUGCUGACAUCGCUGCGUGCUCUCUUCGAAGACAAGAGCUGGAGAGUCAGAUAUAUGGUUGCUGAUAGAUAUGAGAAGAUUGCCAAGGCUGUGCACGAGGAAGUGAUCACACGCGAUAUGGUGCCGGCUUUUGUGAAGCUGCUGAAGGAUACCGAGGCUGAGGUCCGCACUGCAAUUGCUGGCCAGAUUCCGGGCUUCUGCACUUUGAUCGAUCGCGAUACUCUGCUUAAUGAGAUCAUGACUAGCGUGGAGGAUCUCGUCUCGGAUCAAUCCCAGCACGUUCGGGCGGCUCUAGGUACCCAGAUUAGUGGUCUGGCACCUAUCCUUGGAAAGGAGGAGACUAUUGCCCAUCUCCUUCCUAUGUUCCUGCAAAUGCUGAAGGAUGACUUCCCUGAUGUUCGCCUCCACAUCAUCUCCAAGCUUGAGCAGGUUAACAAAGUCAUUGGCAUCGAUCUUCUUUCUCAGUCUCUUCUUCCUGCUAUUGUCCAGCUGGCCGAGGACAAGCAGUGGCGUGUGCGCCUUGCUAUUAUCGAAUACAUUCCUCUUCUCGCCAGUCAACUGGGUGUUAAGUUCUUUGACGAGCAAUUGAGCGACCUUUGCAUGGGCUGGCUCGGCGAUACUGUCUUCUCGAUCCGAGAGGCUGCUACCCAGAACUUGAAGAAGCUUACUGAGGUGUUCGGAGUGGAUUGGUCCAAGGAGUCUAUUAUCCCCAAGGUGAUUGCCAUGGGACAACAUCCCAACUACCUUUACCGUAUGACCACAUGCUUUGCUGUUUCUACCCUCGCCCCCGUUGUUACUCUCGAUAUCCUCGAAAGCUCCAUUAUUCCCAUCCUGGAUCGCCUUGUGACAGAUGAAAUCCCCAACAUCCGCUUCAACGUCGCCAAGUCCUAUGCCGUCUUGAUUGACACCCUGCGCCGCUUGCCAGAGGAUAAGACUCUGGUUGAGGUUGAGAAGUCCGGAGAGACCGGCACUCCCUCUCCCAAGAGCCAGGAAUUGAUCCAGCAAAAGAUUCUUCCGAUGUUGGAGAAGCUGCAGGAGGAUGACGAUGUCGAUGUCCGCUACUUCGCUACGACUGCGGGUGGCAACCAGGACGAGGUCAUGCAGACCUCUCCGUGA